CUGUUCAGUUCCCAGUUUCAGUUUGGCAAGAUCUUUGUCAGGUCUCAAAAUAAAGCUAACAACACAAAUCCUAUGUAAACUACAAAAAUAGCAAGGGAAAUGGGCUUGACACGAAAGUUAUUCUGGCUGCUGCUGAUCUCUGUGAUGCUUCUGCUGCUGCCUGGCGUGUUGGCUCAAGUCGUGGACAAGGAGCAGCAGGGCAAUGCUGCCGAGGGGCUGCUGAUGGACUCCACUCAGCCGAUGCGUCCGAUGCGAGCCUUGAAGUUCCACGAUAUCAAGCGACCCGACGCUGUCGUGAGUGGGGAAGGCGACUACGAGGACGAUGAUGCGGACGGACACAAGAAUAGAAACGGCUGCGAUGCUAGUGAUGAGCAAUUCAUUGAUCCGAAGCACCAGAACAUCUACACCGUCAACAUCAACACAGUCAACAUGGACGAUGAGGAGGCAAAGCAAAUGAUAUCGGAGCGCGAGUUCAAUCAGGCGAUCAAGCAGCUGAUGAAGUUCGAUGAGAACACCGUUGCUGACAAACGCUCGAAUCGCAUUGAGAAUGGAGCUGGCAUGGACUUCAGGCGUGAAUUCGCUAGCGACGAAGCAAAUCCCUACAUAUAAUAAUAAUUGAAUAAUAUUUUGUUUGAGCUGAGUUCGUUCAAUUCCUUGGCAAUCCAAGCGCGAGUUGAGAUGGAAUA